ACAAAUAUAAAUACGUUUAAAUCAGAACAAGAACUAGAAAAAUACAACCACAAACUGUCACAUUGGGAUCUAAGUUGCCUGUCAUAGAAAACUCAGUGCCUUUUUGAGUCGACCAACUCAGUUGCCCAGAAACUCUCGCCUCCGGCAAUCUUAAUAUCGCCUGGCUAGCAGUUCCGGAAUUAGUUUUUCCCCAUAUUUUUAUUAAAGAUGACCCAGCCGCGUUUGGAUACUCCGCUCCGGCGUUCCGCGGUGGGCAGUUACCACGAGGGCGUGUUCCGAACGAUGACCCCACUGAAUGACGAUGAGGGGGAGCAGCAUCGCCAAAGUACCCAGGAGUCCAUUGAGGGAAACGAGACCAUCCGUAAUUGCCUGGAGAUCUACAAUGGCAACAGGCUAGGCAAGGACAUUGCCUGGAGCCUUGCGCUCAUCGAUUCGCUGGCCAAUCUGCUGGAACACCAUCACAAGCGGAUGAGCAACUUCAAGAUUGCGGGCUCCUCGCUGGAGGCCUUCUCCAAGGCUUACGCACUUCGUUUGGACUCCAUCUUCCUGAAUGCCAUGCGCAUUUCAGCUGGCUUAAGUGCCCGCAGCCUAACGGAUAGACAAAUAAACGCUGCCGGGGAUGACGAUGGCCCCCAGAGUGAACGGGCAGCUGGCGAGGGGCAAGAUGCAGGAGACCCAAAAGAAGUAGCUCCCAAUACAAAGAGGCAGAAGAGAAAUAUGUCCACCGUGACCAAGAGCAAGGACACUCUAAAUAGCCGUCUGGAUACGGCACCGUUGCAGGAUCCUGUCUUUGGCAAACUAAACUCUACAGUGGGCUCCAUUUACGCAUCAAACCUUCUGCUGCACAACAUCCUACCCAGUUUAGACUCGGAGUUGCGUCUGCGCACCACAUACAGAUUCUGGGACAGCGUAGAGUGCGCCGAGGAGAUCCAGGAUCACACUGCGCUCAAUGCAGACAUGCAACAUUGGCCAGCUGAAUCGCUCGUAAGCUGCGCCUGGAUGUACAAACUUCUGCCGCAUGCUAAAAGAUUAAAUCUGCGUCCGCUGCACACGGGCUACAUCAUCAGCAGUGCCCCAAAUCCCAAGGGGUCCGGCGACAAUGCCGACGAUAUGUGCGUAAAUGAGAUCUCCAUGGUCUUUGACAUCGACGCCGAGUGUGAACCCAUGCCGGACUUGGAUGGACCACCGCCGCUGGUCCUAGAGGCGGACUCCAGUGAGCUGGAAGAGCUUACUACUGAGGAGCAAAGUAUUUGUCGCCGACUGCACAUAAAGACAGAGUUCAUCAAUGAUUUGCGACCGCUAGAUGGCAACUCAAAACUGGAGUACUCAUACAGGCCAAUGGAGCAGAUUUCCCAGUUCUGGACCGGACCCUCGCACUGGAAGUUCAAGCGCGCCCAGCCGCGCAGCACAUUUUCCCAGACCAAUCCACGGCCCAAGAAGUCGACGCAUCUGACCGCUAAUCGUAGGAACAAGGCAGUAGCUUACGGAAAUGAGGCGGAAAACGCGUUUCAACCGCUGGAUGCCACAAUUAAGAAGCGUCGUGUGAACUUUCAGAAGAAGUGGGACUCCCGCAAACUGAUGCUGCCCAUGAAGUUCAACUUGGAUCCGGACUAUUUCUUCAAAUACGACUCGGCGCCCAGCAUAAAAUUGUCGCAGCGUGCGGGACAGCCUGAUUCUGAUGAGGGCGGAGAUCUUGGCAUCGACAUGGAAACUGACAUCCAUCACGAAGAAGACAACGACCGGGAGCCAUUCAAUAACGAGCAUUUCACCGAUGCCGUCCCUGCCAACGUGAGCGUUAUUGCGGCAAUUGCCGCCAAGCAAAGGGCCGAGGGCAUGAUGGAUGUGGAUGCGGGCGAGAUGGAUCUCAUCAUCUUCGAGGUGGGUGCAGAGUUUGAGGGUGCGACUUCGCAGGUCGCAAAGCGUGCAAAGGUGAUAGACAUGGAGAAUCUAAAAAGGUCCUGCAAUUCCCUGAUACAAAAACAACUGCUUACCGAUGUCUGCAAGGAUACCAUACUCUCGCAUCCAACGAAUAAGGACGAACGUUACGCAAAGGGUGUGGCAAGUUUCCAGCAUGUUUUCAAGGAGCUACCCAACCUGUUAACCACCAAAAUGUCUGAUUCGCUGUCCCCGUCGGUGGCCUUCAAUGCAAUUCUGCAUUUGGCCAACGACCAGAAACUGCGCCUUAUUCCACAAGAAAACUUAGAGGACUUUCAGAUCCGUCAGAUUUUGGAUUAAAUUAUUUUCUUAACUUUUAUCAGAAUUCCCAAAAAAUUCCUACUCCCCAGUCGAAUCGGAUUUUUAUAAUUUAACAAAAUAAAGUUCUGAUAUACUA